UAAAAAUUAAAAUAGUAUAUUUAUUUAAAUAAGUAAUAUUUUUUAUAGUAAAAUUUUCAAUUAUGUUCGACGAACAAUCAAAGACAUAUAUAAUUGGAGAGGAUAGCGUGCAAAAAGCUUUAGCACUUUUUGCAACUGCAAAAAAGAAUACUAAGAGAAAAAAAAUUGAUAAAGAUGAGGGCAAUUCGAAUAAAUAUUCUCAAUAUUGCAAUCCAAUCAUUUCUAACAAGAUAAACUCUACAGCUCUAUAUUUUUUGCAAAGCUUUGCAUUAAAAGAAAUGCGACUGUGUCUAAUGAAACAUGAUUGGUCUAACCUACAAAGGCUAUUUUUAUUAUUAUUACAAUUUCCAAAUAAAAAAGAAACAUUAAUAUGGAGAUACGCUUUAGUAAUAUUACUGCAUAGUCCAAUGAGUAAUGAAGCUCAUCUUAAAGAUUUUUUUAACUUAUGUAUUGGCUGUCAAAGUGAUAAUUAUAAUUAUGCUUUGAACGAGUUAAUAACAUUGAAAAAUGAUAAAACAAAAAGGUAA